AUGGCCACCGUCCUCGCCGGCGCCUCCUUUGGUGCCGCCAUGAUCGCCGCUGGCUUCCACAACCCCGCCGUCGUCGUCUCCCAGCUGCGAUUCGAGAACUGGCACAUGGUGCAGGCCUUUCUCGCCGCGACCGCCUCUAGCAUUGUCUACUACGCCGUCGCCGACCGCACCGGCAUUGCCAAGCUCACCCCACGACCCUCCGCGCCUAUCGGCCUGCUGCCUACCCCCUACGACGGCAACAUCCUCGGCGGCGCGCUCCUCGGCGCCGGCAUGGCCCUCUCCGGCUCCUGCCCCGGCACGCUCUUCGCGCAGAUGGCCGCCGGCGCUCGCACCGGUUUCUACGCCUUCGCCGGCGCCCUCUCCGGCGGCGUCCUCUGGACCGGCCUCCUCAGCAAGGCCGUCGCCCGGCAACGCGCCGCCGCCGCCGCCGCCGCCGGCAAGCCCGACACCACGACGGUCAACGAGUACCUCGGCGUGUCCAAGCCCGCGGCCAUGCUGCUCUACGUGUCCGGUUUCGCGGCCGUCGUCGCCGCCACGGCGCUGUACACCCCGCGCUUCCCGGGCGCGGUGCUGCCGGGCGCGCUCGGCGGCCUGCUGAUCAGCCUGUCGCAGCUGCUGUCCAUACUGACGCGCGGCUCCAUGAUCGGCAUCUCCGGGUCGUACGGCGAGCUGGGUGGGCUGCUGUGGGCGACGCUCACCGGCGACGCGGCCGCGAAACCCACCGGCUACCCGAACGUGCUCUUCGCCGCGUCCGCCGGCGCGGGCGCGCUGGCGCUGGCCACGUUAGUCCCCGGGUUCGUCGCGGCGGCGCCGUGGGAGGUGCCGCCACCGCAGGCGGUGCUGGGAGGUGCGCUGAUGGUGGUUGGCGCGCGGAUGGCGGGCGGGUGCACCUCCGGGCACGGCAUCAGCGGCAUCUCGCUGUUGUCCACGUCGAGCCUGAUCACGAUCGCGACGACGUUUGCGUCCGGCUUCGCGGUGGCCAGUCUUGUAUAUUAA